AUGUGCGUUCUAGAGCUUCACAGUGUGUUGGAGGCUACUCAACUCUUUCACGUCAUCUCCUCAUUAACCACUGGCUUUGUGAUUGAUGACUCGCUUGUUUCGCUGGCGUACGGUCCACGAGCCGACACCUCUUCGGUGGCUGCCAGUUCAUUCGGCUCACAGAACGCUGCAAUGGCCGCCCUCGCAGCAGCUCAAUGGAAAAAUCUGGACGAUUCCUCUUCAAAGGGCAAACAACCUUCAGAAAAGGCGGCUUCACUUGGCAGCGUCACAGUGAAUGGCGUAGAGUACCCAAAACACGCCACACCCAACUACGCGUCUUUUCAACUGGAUGCUACAUCUGGCUACUACUAUGACGCUUCCACGGGUUUCUACUACGAUUCCAGCAGCCAGUAUUUCUAUAAUUCGCAAACACAGAAGUACAUGUAUUAUGAUUCGGCAAACCAGAUAUAUGUCAGCGUUGACAGCGCUGGACAGGCGACGGCAACAAAUAUGACGCCGACUGUAAAUAGCACGACACCUCAAAAAGUAGAUGCCAUAAAAAGUUCUGUCGACGACAAUAUUAGCAAGCAGCAAGAUAAAGUGAAAACUGCCAAGAAGAUUGCUAAAGACAUGGAAAAGUGGGCCAAGACAUUAAAUCAAAAGAAGGAAAUUGCAAAGCCACUAACUAUACCACAAGCUGAAACGGUGCCAAUGGAGCCAAUGGGGAGCAUCAACUUCAGUGGUGGCAGCGGCAGCGGCAUCAUCAGCAGUUCACCCAUCACCGAGACAGUCUCCUCUGUGCUGGAAAAGCCGGUGGCAAAUCUUGAAUUGACAUUACCAGCCACUGACCCUAUUGUCAGCGCCAUCAGUGUCGAUCCAUUUGAAAUUAUUCGCGUUGAAGAAGAUAAACGAAUCGACUGGGAGCGUUUAGUUUGUCAUCUGUGCAGGCGGCAGUUUGGCAGCAAAGAGCAGCUUGAAAAGCACAAAGAGUUUUCCGGUCUUCACAAGCAAAACUUGGUCGCCCUACAUCCUAGUAUUUUGACCGAAGAACAACUCCAACAUGUGGAAAAUGUUGAGCGGGGGUACAGAGACAGAGCCAGGGAGAGGAGAGAGAAAUUCGGUUUUGAUGACACUCCUGAGUUCUCGAAGAAGAAGCUCGAAAAGAUGAAAGAACCAGUUGAAACUGUGUCAGCACAGGCUCUACCCAUUACCGACGAUAAUGUAGGCAGCAAGAUGCUGAAAGCCAUGGGUUGGACUGAAGGCAGUGGUCUUGGCAAGUCAAACCAAGGCACUGCAGAUAUUAUCCAAGUGGAGAGAAGAAGAGGCGGCCUCGGUCUGGGCAAUAACAAUGCCACAUUCACCAGUGAGUACUUUGCAUUGUUCCGCAUAUGA